GCUCGUUGCGCUCCGCUCGGCCCCGCUCCGCCCGGCCCGGCCCAGCCUGGCCCUUAACAGCGGCGCCGUCCCGGGACGCCGUAUGUGAGCCGGGAGGGCAGCGCCGCACCGCCCCGCACCGCCCCGCACCGCCCCCGCGCACCGGCACCGCACCGGCCCCGGCACCCCGGCUCGGCCCCGCGGAGCUCCGGAGCAGCCGGUACCACCCCCCGCACCGGCACCCCACCAUGAGCAACCUCAACAAGGACACCGAGCACACCAACGGCGGCGGCACCGUCGAGGAGGAGGUACGGACGCUGUUUGUCAGUGGCCUUCCUGUGGAUAUCAAACCCAGAGAGCUCUACCUUCUCUUCCGACCAUUCAAGGGUUAUGAAGGGUCAUUGAUCAAGCUGACUUCAAAGCAGCCGGUGGGUUUUGUGACCUUCGACAGCCGGGCUGGCGCUGAAGCAGCAAAGAACGCCUUGAAUGGCAUCCGCUUCGACCCUGAGAACCCCCAGACCUUGCGGUUAGAGUUUGCUAAAGCCAACACAAAGAUGGCCAAGAGYAAGCUGAUGGCCACACCGAACCCCACCAAUAUCCACCCUGCCUUGGGCGCACAUUUCAUUGCACGGGACCCCUAUGACCUGACUGGAGCGGCUCUCAUCCCAGCGUCCCCGGAAGCGUGGGCUCCCUACCCGCUGUACACCACGGAGCUGACCCCGGCCAUCCCCCACGCCGCCUUCACGUACCCGGCAGCCGCUGCUGCGGCCGCUGCUCUUCACGCUCAGAUGCGCUGGUAUCCUCCCUCCGAAGCUACCCAGCAAGGAUGGAAGUCUCGUCAGUUUUGUUAGUUCGUUAUGUCUCUCCUCGGCUUGUGUUCCUCCUCCCCRCCUCUCCACGGAGGGAUGUGCCAGGGACGAUUGCUCCGACUCCUCUGGGUUUGGUUUGCGGCCAGCGGACACYGUGCCCGGCCCUGCCGUGCUGCCCCUGGGGCUGCCAUCCCUUCCCUGGACUGUGAAGCUGCCACGGCCCCAGCAYGGGCGGUGUGCCGCCUCCAUCCCUCUGUCCAUCCCUCCAUCCAUCCCCAGGACCUCCUCCCUGACCGAGCUUCGCCACCCGGCUGCACCGAAACCCAGCCGGGGCUCGGUCCUGGGCUCACCCUGCCCCGGGGGCAGCUCGGCUGAAGGAAUCGAAAGGCAAAAUGGGUUUUGCAUGUUUUCUGGCAUGAAUUAAAACACUUAACUUGUGUCUGUGAGUGUAAGUUUGUUUGUUCUAGCGUUUGUGUAACCGUUAGCAACAGGUCUUGGCCCAACAGAUUGAUCCAUCAAGGUUUUCCUCUUGCUUUGGUGAAGACUUGGCUUUGAGAAAUACUAACUGUCCUUGUCUCACCCCGUCUCCCACCUCUGCCCUCCCCUCCCCAGGACAACCAGAAAAAUUUGAAUUUUUUUUUUUUUUUUUUUUUUUUUUUUUUUUUUUUUUUUUUUUUUUUUUUUUUUUUUUUUUUUUUUUUUUUUUUUUUUUUUUUUUUUCCAAAGUACAAUGCACUGGGUUUCUGUUUUCGUCCAUUCUGCUCUGGUUUUAAAGUCAGGGUUAUUAUAUUAUUUUUUUUCCUUCUUCAGACUUCUAUAUAUAGAACAGCUGUAAAAUAUCUAACCUCUUCUUUCUUUUUUCCUUCCCACAUCCUUCUGAUUGGAGAGCAUCCAGUCCUGCCAAAUAAUCAGCCAUCCUUAUGGGAAUACCGAACAAAAAAAAAAAAAAGUACGAGUAUUUUUGUAUCAUGUGUAAUAAGGAAAUAUUUAUGCAUCAUAAAGAAUUUCUUGUGUGUUUGUGUGCAAUUAAUUAUUAUUAUUAUUAAAGAUAAAUUGUAAUCCUGUAAGAUAAGUUAAUGUUUAGUUAAAAGCUUGAAAAAGAAGGGUUGUCUUCUGUACCAAUGAUUCAGUCAGGCAUAGUAAACAAGAAAUUGUGCAAUUUUUGUUUUAGCAUCUUCUUGCUUGGUAUUGAAGUGCUUUAAGUAUUAUCUGACCAUGGCUGUCUUGCUUGUAUUAAGAGAUUUGAGAAUAAGUUGCUCUAUAAUUGCUGAUCCUACGAGAAUGUGAAACUGGAUAAUAUAUGAAAUGCAACCAAAAAAAAAAGAAAAAAAAUAUAUACCCAGA